GUUCUAAGUCAGUGAAAAAGGAAGCGCGCUCUCUUCCCUCUCUCAUUCGACUAGCCGCUCCGCACGUAUUCAAUUGUACACCAGCCAGUGAUACAAGGUAAGCUUACUGAAACGGUAUGAAAAAUUUAUAGUGAAACUCGGAAUUCAAAGGCCUUACAUAUCUCUCUCUCUCUCUGAAUACAUUUUAUUGGUCGUACAAGUUUUCGUUUUGUAAUUACAUAUUUAUUUUCUGUGUUAAAAAUACCCAAGCGGUCCGACCCUUCAGUAUGUAAAAACGAUACAAACAGUACUAAAUGUUUUUUCCUGCGCAGAUGAAUUAGUAUAAUUAAUUUUGCAAGCAGAUUUGGCUCGUCUUGUUGUUGUAUUUUUUGUUUUUUGUUCGCAUUGAACGGUGUUGUAUAACUGAGCACAGGCAGCAUGAGGCCUUGUGUGGAGCUAACGGCAUCGAAACAAAAGGGGGUGACCACGAGCUCGCUGCUACAAAAUGGCGCCGAAAGCAAAAUCGCAGCUAACGUCCCUAAUCCGCUAACCACCAUGUUUCCAGGCCUCAGGCGUUGUUCAACCCGCCGAACCUCAGAGAUCCAAAAAAUUAUCCGAGUGUUUGAGUUUUUCUCGAAAAAAUAAUCGGAUUGACAGAAGAAGGUUUAACACCGCGUUGCGUUGAUAACCAGACGGUCCUUGUCGUAACGAGUUUUGGUGACCUACUUUCGUCCUGUGAGCCGAUGCCGACGCUAAAGUGGGGGAUUUUGUAGAUUUUUUUAAAAUGUCGACCUUUUCACUGAAUUGUUUGUCUUUUUCCCCCUCAGAAACACUGACGAUGUCUGACGAGGGUAAAUUGUUCAUAGGAGGGUUGAAUUUCGAGACCAACGAGGAGACGCUGGCGGCGGCCUUCGGCAAAUAUGGAACCAUCGAAAAAAGUAAGAUGCUCAUUCUUCUCACCUUUUUGGCCUUGGUUUCAAACGAGGUUCAGAGAACACAAUCAAACGUUAUUUGACAAAAAAAAAACAGAAAAAAAAAUUUCCAUGUGCUUUCUUCCACAGUUGAUGUGAUCAGAGACAAAGAGACCGGCAAAUCUCGUGGUUUCGGCUUUGUGAAAUUUGAUAGCACAGAGGAUGCUAAAGAUGCCAUGUCAGCAAUGAACGGCAAGGUAAAUAUCUACCAAGACAUCUCACUAAAUAAAAAUUAAAAAAAGUAAUAAAAAUGUUUGUUACAUCUAGGAUAACAUUUGACCUCAAUGGUAAUUGACUUAAACUUAAUUCCCAAUUAGCUCUGUUAUACCUACUCAAAUGUCCACUUUCUUCCAAAUGACCUGUAUUCCUCUGUUGCAGACUAUUGAUGGCCGGACAAUCCGGGUGGAUGCAGCUGGAAAGAGUGGACGCCCCAGAGGAAGUUUUGGAUCUGGACCUCGCGGUGGUGGAAGAUUCAGCGGAUCGCGAGGAGGGAGAGGUGGGCGAGGUUACUCCAGAGGUGAAGACUGUCUACAGUCUACAUCGGGAAUUCCUCUUUUUAUUCUUUACAUUCUCUCCAACUUUUGUUACUCAAUAAAAUAUGUGCUAAGUUGCUUUCUUGCAUCUAUCUGAAGGUGGAUACAACGGAGACAGAAGUUACGGUGACAGAGGAUAUGGCGAGAGAAACUAUGGCGACAGAGGCUUUGGAGGCAAUGACAGGAGCUUUGGUAGCGGCGGCGGCGGCGGAGGAGGAUACAGAAGUGGAGGAUACUCUGGUGGAAGCUACAGAGAAAAUAGGUGAGAUAUUCAUAAGGUCACAGCUUUGACUUGUUGACUGGACUACAAUGUAAAUCCAGAGUGAUUAAUCAACGUUUUGUUUGUUAUUUCCAGGGGACAGGGUGGAUAUGAUCGCCCUAGCGGCGGCGGAAGCUACCGCAAUGAAUACGACGGCUAUGGUAAGCAUGGCUGAUAUUAUUUUAUACUGUGUAUGUAGACUUAUGUUGGGGCUGUUUUCUCUUUUUUACAGAUAAAGUUUCAGUGUUCAUUAACCCAAAAAAAAAAAACAAUUGCAAUUUAAAAUUUGCUUCUCAUGAUUGUAGUUUGUAGAUCCCAAAUCACACUAGGCAUCACAUAAAAAGUAACUGACUACACACAGCCCCAACAUAUGGAAAUAAUCUGUUAUAUGCCCCUCAGUUUUUUACCUGAGCCUUAACUGAUGCCUUUUAACACCCGUUGCCAAAUUUUACUAGUCCCCCCAGCCCCCCUCUCUGUUAGAAGCUGUUUAACAAUGAAACCCUCCUUUAUCGGAUAUUUCUCGUACCUAAGCUGAUGGAGCCCCCUAAAGCAAACAUUGAGGGAGGGUUUUGGACUGUGGUGGGUUGAGGGGAUGUUGUGAAACUCCAGAACUUUCAGUGUCUUUACCUGUGUGCCCACUUCUUAUCCUCAGCUACACACGAGUAAACAUCUCCCUGAUUCAAGAUCAUCACUUGGCUGGCUGUAUUUCAAAGAUGCCCUCCUCAAGAAAAAUGUCCACGUGUUAUUGCUGACCUUAGUUUUGUAGUUCUGUUGUAGUAGCUCAAGCAUCUUAAAAAAAAAAAUGUAGCCAUGAGUUUUGGUCAUUCCUAAACAAACCAUGUAACAAAGUAUAGUUCAGACUCUUAUCGUGCUUGAUUUGGCAUCUUGAUUCCUCGAAGUUCGUUUUUUUUAACUAAAAGGCAUCUAUGUAAUCUGAUAAGUACUUAAAGUCCCAAUCCCAGGGGAUCGAACAGCUCUCCACACGGCUUUUCGUUGAACAGUCCCUACCAUGCUGUAGACGUUUUGUCCAGCACGCCAGAAAUGUUUCCUGAUUUUGAUUCCUCAGUUACUUUUUUAUAUUGAAAUAUCCGAUGGGGCAGUUUUUGUUUAUUCCUUUUUUCCCCUGUCAGUCUCUGUGGCUGGACUACCUCUUGCCAGGUUUUGAACUGAGUGAAGAAAUGAGCUCAGAUUAUUCAGGCAUUUGGGGGAUUUUUUUUCUUUUACUAUAAAAACUUAGUAUAGCUGAGGCUCCUGUGUGUUCAAUUUCCCAAAAGAGUGAAUUCCUUUCAGACUGGUGAACUACACAUCCGAAGUGGCCGGCUGUUCAUGAAGUCUGUCCAAGGUAUCUUCUGUUCUCUGCUCAACAUCUGCAUUUUAAAUGUGCUGUAAAAUGGACUAAUCUUGUUGAAGUGAUCCAAAAUGUAACAACGUUCCCCCAAAGUAACAUCUCAGUCGGGGACAAUUUUGUACUUUAUGUUCUUUGUAUGAUCAAUAUAUUUUUUGCUUUGUCAGUUUGGCUUCAUGGAGCCUAUUAAAAAGAAAGUGGAAAAUAAUCUCGAUUCCUUUGCAUUUGAAAACUUAUCGCAUGGGGGAGUUAAAAACUGCGGCAGAACAAGGACACUCUUGUUGGGUUAGUCGUGAUCUGGAUUCUAGAGGGUAAUCAGAAUUAGGUUAUCCAAAAAAAAAAGUCCACAAAGUCCUCUGUCUGGUUUUCUAAGCUUCUAAACUAAAGAUCAUAUUUGGCCCACUGAAUCCUGUAGAGCUCUCAAAACAUCAGGCAAAUGUGUAUUGAUCAGACCCCUUGUGGGGUUUGAGUAAUCAGCCUCUGGAAGAUACAGCUGGUGUCUGGUCAUGUUAAUGCUUCAUUACGUUCAAGAAGUCAGCUACUUCAAAAACCUACAAGUCCUUGGAGAGUGAAGUGUUGCGCCUACCAACAAGUGCUCAUCAGAGAUGAAAGCUGCUCUUGCCUAGGUCAUAUGUGGAGAAAAUAGGCCAAUGCACGUGAGGUAAAAAUCUCCUUUUGCUUUGCUCAUAUCCUUCAAACUCAGUUCUCAUUGUUUCCAUGAAUGCCUUCAAGUUAGUCGAUUUUAAUACUGUGCUUCAGAUGUCGCCUACAAUAUGCCAUGGCCUCUUUCCGAUUCUGAUUCAUAAAGAAGUAUUGAGACAUUGUUUUUGUGAAGCCCCUCUGGAUUGUAGUGCUCCACCUGAGUCCACCACACGAAAAGCGGCCUCUUAAGUCGUGUUCAGCUCACUUAUGUUCACUGUAAUGGUCCUCAAAUUUGCCCGAGUAAUGUCCCACAACAGUCCUAAUGAUGUGCAAGGUGUUUUAGACUGUACUCACUUCCUCUUUGUAUCCUUACACGACUCAGUGGUGAGUGUUAUACUCCUAAAUAGGGUUGCAUGCAUUCUGUGGUUUGUCUUGUGUCCAAUGUCCAAUGCGAAGCUUAACCCAUGUCUUUGUUUCUCUUUAGAUUAAACUGAGAGUCAGAGGCUACUCUGGAUCAACCUGAGGCUGACGUGUGCAGCUUUAGAUGGCAGUCAUUAAUGCAGAUGGCAGGUAAAACCUUGUCUAGCUGGACAAGUACAAUUAAGUCUCACAUGCCUCUGUUUCUAGAGUGGAAUAAAUCUGCCAACCCAAUAAAAAUGUCUUCCUGCCAUAUUCUAGGUCGAAAGUGCAGCGGCUGUAAGCAACAGCGACAUGGGAGGAACCUGCCUGGAUGCUGCAAACUAGAAAGUUGAAGACUUUGCAAAGCAUUGCUCUGGUGCAAGUCAACAUGGGAUAUUGAUGUUCAUCCGGCCAUGAAGAAAUCAGCCACACCUAGAAGUCAUGGUGACUUCACAAAUUUCUUUGUGGUCACCAUCAUGUCUCAAAUCCACUGAGGUUUUUUUCUUUUCCAACUUAAGAAUUUACAGGUACUCAAACAGUAUUUUGCUGCUUGAUCACUUUCUGAAAUAAAGCGAGAAAAAUCUCA